AAAACUCCAACAGUCCUCUCGCGACAUCAGUUCAAUGGCGGCUCUCGCAAGGAUCGGUGGCCGGUACCUGAAAUCCGCUGGCUUAAUUAACUCCUCCGCCUCGUGUUUCUUCACUCAACGCCGUGGAGUCGCUUCGAAGCUCUUUGUCGGAGGUUUAUCGUUUUACACUACUGAACAAGGAUUAUCUGAGGAAUUUUCAAAAUAUGGCCAAGUUGUUGAAGCUCAAAUAGUUAUGGAUAGAGUCUCUGAUAGAUCAAAAGGUUUCGGUUUUGUGACAUUUGCUUCGAACGAUGAAGCUCAGAAAGCUCUGAUGGAGUUGAACGGACAGCAAUUACACGGCCGUGUGAUAUUUGUGGACUACGCAAAGCCUAAACAAAGUCUUGGUGGUGGUGGUGGCUUUCCAAUAGCUAGAGGACCGCCUGACGAGCCCACUGGCGGACCUACGUUCACAUGAGCGGGUCAGAUGACCCUCAUAAAAUAUAAAAAAUCAAAAAUGUUACCAUGUAUUCGUUUGUUGAUUUUGGUAGAGUUGGUUGACAAUUACGUAACUGACCCCGACAAUCUGAGUUUAAAUCUAUCUUGAAUCAAUGGUAUAUUUCUUUUUCCU